AUCGAUAAGUAUAUCGGAGUGGAGCAUUUCACAUGUGAAGGCAAAAAUUUAGCCAGUAUUAAAUUAUUUGUUAAACAAUUGAAUUAAGACUAAACCAAUGGCGGACACUAAGGAGACGGUGGUGGAGGGCGUGGAGGCGCUCACGCUGAAUGGAAAACCUGACGCGGAACCGGUGGAAACUGGCACAGACGCCCAGGCGCAGGAGGCAGCGGGUGAUGGAGCCGCUGCCGCAGCCGAAGAUGUUGUGGAUCCGUGGAAUGUGGCCAGCAGCAACGACGCGGGCGUCGACUACGAUAAGCUGAUAAAACGCUUUGGCUCAAGCAAAAUCGAUGAUGAGCUUAUCGCACGCUUUGAGAAAAUCACGGGGAAGCCCGCUCACCACCUGAUCAGGCGCGGCAUGUUCUUCUCGCACCGCGAUCUGCACACCAUCCUCACCCUGCGGGAACAGGGCAAACCCUUCUAUCUGUACACGGGUCGCGGUCCCAGUUCUGGUUCCCUGCACGUGGGCCAUUUGGUGCCCUUCAUAAUGACCAAGUGGCUGCAGGAGACGUUCGAUGUGCCGUUGGUCGUCCAACUGACUGACGAUGAGAAGACUUUGUGGAAGGACCUGAAGGUGGAGGACGCCAUUAAGCUGGCGCGCGAGAAUGCCAAGGAUAUUGUGGCCAUGGGCUUUGACGUCAACAAGACGUUCAUAUUCAAUAACCUGGAAUUUAUGGGAAAAUGUCCCGCCAUGUACCAGAACAUUAUACGCAUCCAAAAGUGCGUUACCUUUAACCAGGUGAAGGGAAUUUUCGGUUUCGGCGACUCGGAUAUUAUUGGCAAGAUCGGCUUUCCAGCCGCCCAAGCAGCUCCUGCCAUCUCCAGCACCUUUCCCUUCCUGUUCGGAAACAAGAAGGUGCACUGCCUCAUCCCGUGCGCCAUUGACCAGGAUCCGUACUUCCGCAUGACACGCGACGUUGCCCCGCGCCUUGGAUUCCCCAAGUGUGCGCUUAUCCACUCGACCUUCUUCCCGGCGCUGCAGGGUGCCAAAACGAAGAUGUCGGCUAGUGACCAGAACUCGGCUGUUUAUCUCACUGACACGCCCAAGCAGAUCAAGAACAAGAUCAAUAAGUACGCCUUCUCCGGUGGUCGCGCCACCGUGGAGGAGCACCGCAAGCUGGGCGGUGUGCCGGAGGUUGAUGUAUCCUAUCAGUUGCUGAAAUUCUUCCUGGAGGAUGAUGCUAAGCUGGAGGAGGUGCGUGUGGCCUACAGCAAGGGUGAGCUGCUUACGGGCGAGAUCAAGAAGCUGGCCGUGGAGACUCUCACACCCAUUGUGGAGCAGCACCAGGCAGCCCGCAAGCUGAUAACGGACGAAGUACUGGACAAGUACUUUGAGCUGCGACCCCUGAACUUUGGCAGUUAAAACUCUAAUGGAGUUGAAGUGACCGCCGGCAUUUUCUUGACAACGAUUAACUUUACUCUGUCGCUUAAAUCGAACUAAGUGCGAUUAGUUCAGCAGGGACUCCUAUGUACAUAGCUCUAAUGAAUUGAUCUAUGCCGUGGCUCUGAGCCCGGAUGGCACCCACUUAAUGCAUCGUUGUACUCGCUAUUUAUUUUAAUAUUUUACACAAACGGUGUUUAUUUUUUAUAAAGCUGAAACAAUAAAUAUGCCUUCGAUUCGCAAUCGCA